CCUUCUACCUUUUUACGAGUGGUGGUCCACAUGCGUUGGGACACCCUGUAUAUCGGGAUUGACUUUGUGUUGCAAAAUAAAUUAAUCACGGUUAUUAAGAUGAGAUACGGUAAUGGCUCGUGCCAAGCAAACAUGUAGUGUGAGUUAAUUCACUCCGUGUACCUUACGCGAGUCAGCGAAUUAAAGAUACUUUUGAUCUCAAUAUAUAAUUACUGAAUUUACAUGUGACACGUGCUCUGUAUAUCGAGAUUGACUUCGUGUAGCAAUACGCGUAAAUCACGUUAUUUAUAUAAUAAUACGUAUUAUGCACACUGCAGUUCAUUACUGAUUGUAAAAACAAAGGAAGCCUUAGUACGAAAUGAGCUGCGCUGCGAAGUGAACCGCGCGCGUUUUGGCUAUUAUAUCUGCGAUUGGUCGAUACUCGCGCGAUAAAGAAGGAUGGCACUGCCUAAUCUCUAUCGUACAUUAGUUAACGCAAGCCGUAUAUCAAUCGAUCAAUCGCAGAUAUAGUAGCCGAAACGUGUGCAGUUUAUGUCGUACCAAACCUUUUCCAGAAAGAAAAGAGGAUAAGACAAACUGUGUAAGAAAUUUAGCUAAAACGAACAGGCAUAAUUUAUUCUUACAUUCAGUAUCAACUGCAGUAUGCAUAACACGUAUUAUGAUGUAAAUAACGUGAUUAUUGCUACACGAAAUCAAUCUCGAUAUACAGAGUGAACAUAACACGUGUUAUAUAUAAGUUCAGUAAUUAUUGAGAUCAAUCUCAAGUAUCUUUAAUUCGCUGACUCGCCUAAGGUACACGGAGUGAACCUCACGCUACAUGUUUAUUACUUGGCACGAGUCUUAUCUUAAUGACCGUGAUUAAUUUAUUUUAAUUGCAACACAAAGUCAAUCCCGAUAUAUACACAGAGUGAGAGGGAAGACGCUGUUAAACUUAAUUUAUUUUAAUUGCAACACAAAGUCAAUCCCGAUAUAUACACAGAGUGAGAGGGAAGACGCUGUUAAACUUAAUUGCCAGGACAAAUUUAUUAGGAUAUUUCUAGGACAUUUCUUUGAAUAAUGCCAAAGUCGAUGCUAGAGUAAGAGUAAGUAUUAUCCUCGAUUAAUAAUAGAUAAUAUAUUUAUCAGUAACUUUUAUUACCAAAGAUUAAUUUGUAAUACAUAUAAUAGUACAGAUUUAAAAAUAUAUAAAUUUUGUUUGUAGGAAGGACAGACAUAUAUGUAUUUUGUCGUUUUUGGGGGAUGAAUGGUGCGCUACCAUACUUUUUGGAUUUUAGUAAAAUCUCAAGUUUUAAAAUGGCCACCCAAAAAUAAAAAUCCUACAAAAGAGAGUAAGAGAGGACCUAAACCUCAAGAAAACUGAUCAAGAAUUAUGUAUACCAAAUUAUUAGGUCCGUUUGAUACUUUUGAAGAUGCAAGAGAAAUAGAAAACAGCACAUUAGAUAUUUCAACUAAUGACGCAGAAAUGCCCACAGAAGCAACACAAAUGCAUACUGAUGGUGGAAAGGUUCCACAAAAAAGGGAAAUUCAAAAAUCAUCUCGUUUUUGUCGGUCUUCCUUGUCCUCUUCUCCUUCUGAGACAAAAGGGGAAAAUCUAUUAAAGGUACAAAACAUUGACAAAGAAAAAAACCAAUGUUCGAUAAACCAAACAGUUAAAAAUGAGACAACAAGAAGUACAUAUUGUACUGAGGAAGAACUUAGUGAAGUGAAUAGCGAUCCUUUAUUGUAUGGAAAUUUUUUUCCACAGGAUUUUAUUCAAAAAAAUAAUUUCGAAAAAGCUGAAGAUACAAUGAUAGAUAAAGAUUCUUUAUGCAUCACGGAAACUAAAUCAAAAGCGUCAUCAAAACCAACUAUUACGAGUACUGUUGUAACAAGUAUACCGUUACCUGCUGGAAUUUUUUCUAAUAACGUUAAUGAUAACGAUCAAUUGUCGAAUAAUGAAAAUAAUAUACAAAGGUUUUAAAUCUGAAUAGAGAGAUAUUCAACAAGAAGCAGAUAGAUCACGAAUACAAACGCCAUUAGAAAAAACAAACUAGAAGCAAGAAAUAGAUUAUAGUCAUCAUGAUCAUGAGUGUUGUAGCAUUUGUUGAAACAUUAAAAAAAUUUUACACAGUCCUAGCAAUACAACAAAUACUUUUAAACUCAAUUUUUGUCAGAUGCAAGAGGAAAAUAUAGAUUUCAAUUUGCCAAUCUGGAAUAUUAACCGGUUACAGGAAUUUAAUAAAAAACUCAGUGAGUGUUCUACUCGAUUGCAAUAUCGACUCUUGUUGCUAAUAGAAAUAUUUCUAUCGCCGAUGUCCAGAAAGUUAAAUCAUCAAAUUAUGGUUGUAACACGCAAGCAAUGGUAUUGAUCAACGAAGAAAAAAAGAAAA